CCAAUGCUUGGCACUUGGCGCAUUUGUGCACAGAAUGGAAAUCGCAUGCGAGAGCAGUGCUCCUAUGUGAAGAUUGAGGAUUAUGAGUUGCCCAUAUUCGAUGUGACCGUGCAGGCACCAACCGAACUCUUUUUGGCUGAUAAAGAGCUGAAAUUAAAUGUUAGCGCCUCCUAUUAUAUUGGCAUGCCAGUGAUGGGCGAGGCCACUUUAAAUAUUGAAACCUUUAGUGAACAGGCGGACGCUUCAGAGUCAUUGAUGAUGAAAAAAUCGCUAGAGCUGUCAAAGGGCUUGGUUGCGUUUAGUUUUGCGCUCAACGAUUUCAAGACCCUGAUACCCAAUAAUCAGCCACUGCUGCUGCUUGUUACAGCUGAAGUUGAAGAGAAAUUAACAAAGCUAAGAGUAAAUAGCACGGCAAGCAUAACGCUUUGGGAAAAGGUUUUUCCUGAUAAUGGCGAUAGCAAGAAGAAACGAAUGGCAAGGUGCAAAAGUGCAACAAAAUGUAAAAAAAAUGAGUUGAAUGAUGAUGAGCUAAGUUCAGAAAUUUCAGCUGAUAUUAAACCAAAGCCAAGGACAAAAACAGCCAAUCACAUGACACUCAACUUUGGCGAGGUCCUCAAGGAGCCUACGUUUGUCACCUUUGAGUUUGAUGUGAAAAUGAAAUACGCCGUCUGCGUGAUUAUGUUCAACGGUCGCAUACUGGCGGGCAAAAAGCUUGUGCCCGAGAACGAUGGACAUAAUUUCAAGAUAUCAAUCGACGUGACCACGAAAACGUGGCCCUUUGUGCAUGUAUUUGUCUUUGGCAUGGAAACUGGGUCCAGUGAAUUAAUAUUGUCAGCCAAAACCAUCAAUGUGAAGCGCAAGCAUCACACGCAUACUGAAAUAAAAGCACCUGCAGUUGUUCGGCCAGGCGAGGAUGUCACCUUGGAGGUGCGAUCGCCGGCAAAGUCGUAUAUGGGUCUGAUGGGCAUCAAUAGUCGUGUCAUGCAAAUUGGAGAUGGAGCUGUGAACGAUUUUUCAAAGGAGUUUAUCGACAAAAUGAAGGAAUUGAUACGCGGCCAUUUGCCGGGCAAACUGGCCAAGGGAAAUCUAACAGCGCACAAGUUGGGUAUUGUUACAUUAACAAAUGCGCUUACUGUGGUUGAUGGCGAGAACAGCCCUCCAGCCAAGAUUACACCAAGGCAUAUGCCUCAAUCUUAUGUUAGGAGACCAUUAAAAUGGAAUCCGCUGCUCUCUCGCAUGCCGAGCAAAUUUAAUGAUGUUUGGAUAUUCAAGAGCAUACCAGACACGAAAGCUGGCUGGCACAAGAUUAUCGCUCGUGUGCCCGACGCCAUAGCCAACUGGAGAUUCACGGCGUUUACUGUGGAUCCCGAUGUGGGACUAACAAUACUACACGAUCAACCGUUUGUAGAUAUAUUGAGCACUAAGCCGCUCUUUAUGAAUGCCAAGCUGCCCAAGACACUUAAACUGGGUGAAAUACUUGCCAUUCCUCUGACCUGCUUCAAUCACUAUACGCAGGACUUAAAUGUAACAGUGCGUCUUAGGAAUGAUGCGUCCAAGUUUGAGCUGCUCGACAGUGAGCGUAAGCCCUUGCCAGAAAGCGAAUAUACAACUCAGCACUUUAUUUUAUUACAAAAUGCAACCAACUUGGUUACAAUGUAUCUACGCGGUCUUCAGUUGGGAGUAAUACACUUGAAUUUUACUGCUACUGCAGGAGUUCAUCAGGAUGCCAUGAGUGACUCCUUAAGGAUUGUGGAGACGGGUCACAUUUUAAAUCAGCAGGAGCUCGUUUUUCAAACGUUGGGUACAAAGAACAAAGAUACGAGCUGGGAGGCUCAAAUACAGCUGAAGCAUCAGCAUUCUGGCAACGGCGUCGAGUGCCUGAUAGCAAACAAUAUGGUUAUAGCAAAGAUAUUCACAGAGCGCCCCUAUUCGGAACUGGAUAACACCGAGAAUUUGAUAAGCAAGCUCAUUUCUUACUAUAAUAUCUGGAGCUUUAUGCGUGAGCGCAGUAUUGAGUACAAACAAUGGCUGCCGCAUAUGGAGGAACAGCUUAACAACGGCUAUCAGCUGUUGCUGCACUUGCGCAAUUCGGAUGGCGGAUUUGCUUACUAUGCACAGCCAGGUGCUGGCGCUGGGGCAUCCUGCAGCUCUACCUGGUUGACAGCCUUUGCUUUGCAGGCAUUUCAGCUGCUGCAAAAGACGCUGGUGCUGGUAGAUGAAAAAUUUAUACUGGAUUGCGAAAAGUUUCUGCUUAAUCGUUUGCGUAAUUCAUCGCACUAUGUGGAGCUGUGCGAGACGCCAGGUCGACGACCAUUGGAGGUGCUGGAGCUGACGAUGGAAGUGCAAAAGAUAUUGCAGCUGUCAAGUCGCUUACUGAAUUUACAAAUGACUCAACGUUGGAUCAACGAUCAAAUGCGAUCAGUUCAUGACAAUCAUUUGAAAGUCAAACGUGGGUUGGAGAGCAUUGAAUGGUCGCCGCCCAAGAGCGACGAGCUGAACAAUUGGGAGGAGCAACGCCGUCAAAUAGAAACAGCUGGACGUCUAUUGAACAUACAAAUGCGACGUAAGAGUCUACUGCAACUGCAAGCUAAUAGCAUUUAUAAAUGGCUGAUUAAGUAUUUAUUUGGCGAAGUUAAUGAUGCCAAUUGCUAUGAGUGCGCCAUAGCAGAGCAAGCGAUCUUUGCUUAUCUCAGAACCAAAAUUAGCUUGCUAACCAAAUUAAACGUUGAGCUUUGGACAGACUCCAUGCCUAAAAGGACGAAACUAAGCUUUACCAAUGCAAAUCGCUUUCAGCCAGUACAUCUGCCGUUUCAAACUAAGAACCAAACUAUAAAAUUGAUGGCUAAAGGUCGAGGCGAUCUCUUAGUGCGCUGCACCUUUGACUAUGAGGUGAAUGAUCAGAUGGAGCAUAGCGACGACACAAGUCACAAGCAUGAGCCACAACUUUAUUCAGUAACUGUCAAUCAGACGGGGUCAGAAGACCUGAAGAACACUCAUCAGGUAACGUUGGAGGUAUGUGUGGAACGUAAGGAUGUGGAUCGCAAGAACUAUAUAGGCACCGAGUUAGAGAUACAACUGCCCACGGGCUAUGAACUAAAGCAUGGUGCAGUUAAGACUCUGUUAGGAAACCCUAAAGUGCGCCAAGCUGCUGCUGGCGUGGAUAACACCAAUUUGUUUGUGGAGCUGCUAACUCUGGCGCCAGAGGAUUCGAUUUGUCUGGCUGUGUCGGCGGUGCGUGUGCAUACGGUGGAGAAUCUACAAUCGGGCAAAGCGUCUGCUUUUGAUAUCAAUAUUUUGAGAGAGCCCGACACAUUUGGCUACACGAUUAAAGUUUGAGUUUGCUGUGUACCCUAAUUGCCAAUUUCCGUAA